UCGUGUCAACCUCAUUUGCAGCUUAUCUUGGUUUUGUUGACAAAAGUCAUAAACAACUCUUGCUACAGUUCAAAACAUCGGAGAACUUUGAAGUAAUUUAAUCGUUGUAAUCACACAAUAAAGUAUCGGAAUGAUGGAUUCUUAAUUUCCGCAGCAGUAUUUACCAUCUCUGAACUGAUAAUGUUCUAAUAAAGUACCCCAUAAAUAUUACGAGACCUUUAAUGGUAAAAAUAAAACCAGAUAAUAACAAAAACACAAAGACAAACAUUGUAGCGCCAUGUGUUACGCAUAUGAUAAGGAAGAUUCAUAUCCCUAAGGAAGAAUUUAAAGCACUGGUUUCUUUAGUUGCGGUCGAGUUGUACAAAAUGCAUUUGUGUUUUAUUGUAGUUGGAGUGUUGAUAACGUCAAUUCAUGCAACUAACGAAAAAAUUAACUUAGAAACGUUGAACAACUACAGUGAAUUUCUUAAUUUUGGUGUGAAAAAACUCAAAUUGAAGAAAGAGUCGUUAGAAAACGCUAUUAUCAAAUCUAAAGUUGACGUUCUUGGCGAGAUUUUUAAGAGAAAUAUUGAUAGUUUAAAACAUGCGGGAAAAUUAGAAGUGCUGUUUCUAAUCGAUGCGUCGUCUAGCGUUGGAAAAGACAAUUUUAGAAACGAACUGAAGUUUGUUAAAAAAUUGUUGAGUGAUGUGACAGUUGAUUACAAUCACACGAGAGUUGCCAUUGUUACAUUCAGUUCUUCCGUGAGUAUAAACAUUGACCAAAUAAGUGAACCAAGAAUUGAAAACAACAAGUGCUUUCUACUGAAUAAAUUACUUAAUAAAAUAGAAUACUCCGGUGGAGGAACUUCCACCCACAACGCUUUUAAAGUUGCUAAAGAAAUCUUUCAACGCAGCCGUAACGAUUCGCAAAAGGUUCUAUUUCUAAUAACUGAUGGUUUCUCAAAUGGUGGAGACCCAAUACCCUUAGCCAACGAUUUAAAGAAAGCACAAGUUAAAAUUUUUACCAUAGGAAUACAAAAUGGGAAUUAUAGAGAACUUUACGACUUGGCUUCAUCCCCCGGGGAAUUCUACAGUUACUUAUUAGACAGCUUUCAAGAAUUUGAAAGUUUGGCUCGGCGAGCGUUGCAUGUAGAUCUCAAAAGUGGCGAUUACAUUCCUUUAGGGAUUAAUAGCCCGUGUGCUGGACUAUGUGAAGAUGGGGACUGCUGCGACAAAAAUGCUCUGUGUACCUGUGGGACCACCACUGGGCACUAUUCUUGCAUAUGCCAGCCAGGAUAUUAUGGGACAGGACUUAGGAACUCUUGUUCUCCUUGUCCUGCGGGACACUAUUCCGAUGGUCCCCACUUUUGUCGUCCUUGCCCAGAUGUGCAUCACACAACCAUACCCCCAGCUCACAGUAUCGAAAACUGCACCUGCAAAACCGGCUACGUCUCCACCAAGGAUAAUAGUUGCAAAACCCUCAAGUGUCCCAAAUUGUCUACACCCCAGCAUGCUUACUUCGUCAAAAAGAGAGACUGUGGCAACGUGCUUAACAGUGCAUGUGGAAUCAGGUGCGAAGUUGGUUAUACUUUGGUAGGGAACAGCAUAAGGCUAUGCCAAAAAAAUGCAAGUUGGAGUGGCGAACAACCAUCAUGCCAAGUAAAAACAUGUACAAAGCUGACACCUCCAGCUUAUGGGUCAAUGAUAUGCUCACACACUGAUCUUGGUAUCACAUACAAUGAAACCGAAGAAAACCUUCCUGUCGAUACUGUAUGCACCUUUACCUGCCAAGACGGCAAAACCUUGAUCGGGUCAAGUCAACGAACUUGUUUACCUCUAGCGAGAUGGGACGGUCUAAAAACGUCGUGUAAACAAAUUAAAUGUCCGAAACUUCCGCCGGUCAAAAACGGUAGAAUUGAACCCGAAUCGUGUAUGAUCGGGCGCCAAUCGUAUGGAAAAAAGUGUAAAAUUAUUUGCGACGAUGACUUUAAAUUAGAAGGUCCUGAAGAGAAAACGUGCACCAGUAACCAUGGUUUAUGGGACACUCCUUUCGAAAGUACCAUAUGUAAGGACGUUAUAUCACCAAAGAUUACUUGUCCGCCAAAUGUAACUACGAGCGCUCUACCAGGGAAAAAAUUUGGUACAGCCUCUUGGAAACGUCCAGAAGUUGUAGACAACGCCGACCUGGAUGUUUCGGUUUGGAUGAAACCCAGCAUCAAAAAUAUCACAGCUUUUAAGUUCCCGAUUGGUAAAACCCAGGUUACAUAUUUCGCACAAGAUGCCUUCCAAAAUAGAGCCAAGUGUAUAUUCUUCGUUAUCGUUGAAGAUACUGAAGCACCCAUUAUUGAUGAUUGCACUAGUCCACCUACCUUUUUAACAAACGAAAAUAGAGGUACCGAUAUCACUUGGGACGAACCCAAUAUCUUUGAUAAUUCUCAAAAUGUCACAAUACUGCGAAGCCAUGACUUUGGGAACUUUCCGCUUGGUACCACAGUUGUUACAUACACAGCAACCGAUGGUUCAGGCAAUGAAAACACGUGCUUAAUAAAUAUCACGGUUGAAGCGGCCCACUGUGAGGCACUUUUGGAUCCAAUUUAUGGGUACAGUGACUGUUCAUCCCAUAAUGACGGAAUGCAGUGCGUUAUAACAUGUCAAGAGGGUUACGCAGUACCACUAGCACAACCUCAAAAUUCCGCAGAGGAUAGUUCCGUUAGUUUCAUGUGUAAUGAUUCGGAAUCAAUUUGGUACAAUCAAGAAGGUUUGAUGUUUCCUGAAUGUUCUGUGACCGAAGUACCGAAAGAAAUCGAACAAAAUGGCAGCAUUGACGUAAUAUCCGACAUAGACAGUUGCAACAACACUGAAAAAUUAAAUGAUUUGGAAAAUGACAUUAAAAUAACCUUGCAAGAAAUGACCUGUGAGGACAACUGCACGGUAAACACAGAUACUACGUGUUUGGAGGAAGAAAUAGAUGAAGAAACGACAAACAUUAUUAAAAGAGACACCACAUUUGAAGAAGUCCCGCACAAAAAUACCAGCAGACGUCGAGCGAAGAAGAAAAAAAUUAACGUUAAAUUCCAAGUGAAGGGCAAAUACGUAAAUCACACUGAAGAAACUCAAAAUGUUAAUCUUGGUGCUCACAAUAUUUCCAUUCACUACUACAAACCCAGAUUUAUUUGUCCCUCUGGUUUCGUACCUAGAAAGAACAGAUGCGUACAAUGUCCUAGAGGUACCUUUCAUAACGUGACACGAAAUAGGUGUCAAAGCUGUCCACUUGGGUUCUACAAUGACGACUUGGGGCAAAUCGAGUGUAAAUCGUGUCCUUUACAUCAUUCAACCAGAAAGGUACAUUCGAAAAAAGCCGACGAUUGUAAAGAACAGUGCCUACCAGGUACUCAUGCUCGGCGAAAAGUGAUAAAGCAGUCUAGGCGUCACCACAACGUGACUAUAGAAAGGACGACUUUGAGACCAUACUGUCGUUCGUGUAGCAUAGGGUACUAUCAAUCACAAUUUGGCCAAAGAAAAUGUCUUCCUUGUCCUAAAGGUUAUACCACGUUGUCUGCAAGAUCAGUCAGCUUGAAUCAGUGUGUACCAACAGCUGAAGAAAUGUGUGCAAAAAUUCCUGGGAUAUGUAACACCGGCAAGUGUAUGGAACAUGAUAACUAUCAAUAUACUUGUGAAUGCCCACAGGACUAUAUAGGAUCGCACUGUGAGAAAAAAGUAUCACGAUGCGACUCAGAUCCUUGUCUGAAUAACGGGCUUUGCAGAGAAACGGACACCGGUUUUGAAUGUUUGUGUCCUAAAGGGUACUCAGGAACUUUAUGUCAGGAAAUCGAAGAAAAGUGCCUUUUAAUAUGUUUGAACAAUGGAACAUGUCACUAUAACGAACCAGAUGAUUACUUUUGUUGGUGUCCUCCUGGUUUUGGAGGGGAAACAUGCGAAACCAAACUCAACUACUGUACCAAAAAUGUCUGUGAAAAUAAUGGUACUUGUGCCGACGACAUGAGCGGUUUUCGAUGCGAAUGCUCAAACGGGUUCAUUGGAAAACGGUGUAAUAUAUUACCUUGUGAUUAUAAACCUUGUAAAGGUAAUAGUAUCUGUGUAAACAUAUUAGACGCAAAGGCUACUAGAAACAGUUACAGUUGCGUUUGCCCCGAAGGUUACACCGGCAACUUAUGCAACGAAAAAAUUGAUUUUUGCACAAAUUUGCCGUGUUUAAAUGGAGGUAUUUGCUCUAGUAACACCGUAUCCUUCGAGUGCUCUUGUCCCCGUUUUUACUAUGGAAGAAGGUGUGAAUUUCGGCGUCGCUCCGACUACGUUUUACAUUUUCAGAAAUUUUCAACCACCGAUUAUGUGAAAUUAAGCGGUUUCCAACAGAAUCUUAGCGAAAUUACGGCUUGUUUAUGGAUGCAAACUCGAGAUAACGUCAAUUAUGGAACUCUCCUCUCUUACGCAACUAAAAAUUAUGAUAAUGCGUUCACGUUAACAGACUAUACCGGAUUGGUUUUAUACAUCAAUAACUACCAUGUCGUGACCGAUGUUUUCUUGAACGAUGGGCUUUGGCAUCAUGUUUGCGUGUCUUGGGAAAAUUCGAAGGGUGUAUACCAGGUGUACGUUGAUGCUUUUAUAGCAAAAAAUGGCACAGCGUUAGCUCGCAACACAGAAAUUAAAGGAGAUGGCAAUAUGGUAAUUGGUCAAGAACAAGAUAUGCUCGGGGGGCGUUUCAGCCAAUCAGAAACGUACAUUGGGAAAAUGGCACACAUAGAUGUAUGGUCAAAACAGUUAUCGUUGAAAGAAAUUUCCAUGCACAUGAGUGACUGUGCAAACACAAACUUCGGAGAUGUUUACGGGUGGCCUGAUAUACAAAAUCACGUCGAAGGAAAUGUUCAGAUAGAAAAUUCUUCGUUUUGUACGAAGUGUGAAGAUCUUAAGCCUCUUUACAACGGAAUCAUAGAUACUGUUGACAAUGUAGCUUAUUAUAAGUGCUAUAAAGGGUUCUAUUUAAGUGAUGCGUCAUAUGAGAACGGCCGGAAAUGUACUAAAGCAGCAAAAUGGGAAGGGCGCUAUGAGCCAUUUUGCAGAAGAGUUUAUUGUGGCGCUCCUGGUUACUUGAGAAAUGGAUAUAUUAUUGGUACCAAUUUUUAUUUUCGUGACAAAGUUGUAUAUAGAUGUUACGAAGGUUACAAUUUGGUUGGUAACACUGCUAGUGUGUGUUCAGAAAAUGGUACUUGGUAUCCAGAAAAACCGUACUGUGCUGGAUUACAAUGCACUGCCUUUAAAAAACCAGAGAACAGCAAGUUGAUCAUUUUGGCUGAUCAUAGCUACGAGGAUUUUAUAGAAAAUGAGUCAACUUUCGACAUUAGCACACAAGUUGAAGUUACUUGUGACAUAAAAGCGAAAUUGAUUGGAGAAAAUGUUCUAACGUGUGAAGCAAAUGGUAGUUGGAGUGUUCCUCCGCCACAAUGCGUUCUAGAACCAACAACAACAACUACCACUACUACAACUACUACGACUACGACCACCACUACUACUACUGUAUCUCCCGUUAAAUCUCAAAUAAGUUGUGAUAUUUCCAAAGUACCACCAGCACCAGACAAUGGAUACGUUGUUCUUGACACAAUGUACGCUCUAGGCAAUGGAACUGGAGACAUAGUUGAAUAUAAAUGCCGAAUUGGUUAUAAACUCUCUGGUGAAAAUUAUACUACCUGUAUAAUUGACGGAUAUUGGACUGAGCCAAAUAUUACUUGCAUUCCUAUUGAAUGUCCACCACCAGCGUUUGACAAAAUGGUUAUCAAAGGUGAUCUUAAAGACAACGACAAGUACUUCUUUGGGAAUAUGAUCAAACUGGACUGUAUAGAAGGUUACAAAAUAUUUGGAGAUGGUUCAACUCGCUGUUUAGCCAAUGGACGCUGGAGUCGUAUGCGAGCUAGAUGUUCAAAAAAAUCAUGCCGCAAACCUGCUGUUAAGGAAACAACCAUUAUAGAAGGAAAUUCAUAUCUGUUUGAAGACAAGGUAACGCUAAUCUGUCCCAACAAAGCUCACUACAUUUUAACUUGUAACAGUUCUGGUGUGUGGGUGGGAGACAAAGAUAACAGCUGUUAGAUAUAUUACCAUAGUCAAAAAUUUAUUAUAACAACAAAUUUUUAUAAACCCCGUUAGUUAAUUCGUGGUCUGAGAUUUUUUAAAUGCAUUUAUAGUAAAAUAAAGUGAUUUACUCAGAA